GAUAACACCGAUGAUGUAAAACUCCAAAUUAAUUGUGAAAUUUUUCCAAUCGGCUUAAAUUAUGUUCUUAUCAGUUAUCAAUACUGCAGAGUGCAGUGCGUCUUCGAUUAAUACUGGCUACUGCUACAUAAGAGUUUUAUUUUUACAAUUUGCACAACACGCAUAAUAAUAUAUUAUCCGAUGAUUAUAAAUAUUGCAAGUCUGGUUUGAGGAAAAACACGUGACACGUAUGCCCUACCUAACGCGGUAAACAAUAUAGUUUAGGUUCUACUUUAAAUAUUUUCGUUUUUAAUCUGGUACUGUUCCAAAUAGUACAUAUAGCUGUUUUAUUCUUUUAAACAAAUAUCUAAUUUCUCCAACAUGGAAACACAUGAAGAAUUUUAUAAUACUCACCCGCCACCCCUAAAUUAUGAAAAUGAUAUUACUAAAGUUGAAAAUUUUGUGCGCUGCCACAAAAACGAAAAAAUUGUUUUAAUUACUUCUGGAGGGACAACUGUUCCAAUUGAACAAAAUACAGUUAGAUUUGUGGACAACUUCAGCGCAGGAACUCGAGGAUCCGCUUCUGCCGAGUAUUUUCUUGAUGCUGGAUAUGCAGUCAUAUUUAUAUAUAGAUCAAAAUCUUUGGAGCCAUUUGUUCGACAUUUUGUUAAUGAUUCGUUAUUGGAUAAACUCGAAAUUAAAAAUAACAAAUCAAUACAAGUUAAAGAAGAUAAAGUUGAAAAGUUGUUACCUUUGUUGAAGAAAUACAAAGAUGCCAAAGCGUCAAAUAAGUUCAUCUCCAUUCCUUUUACGACAUUAAUUGAUUAUAUGUGGUUGCUCAGAGGCAGUUGUAUGCUUUUAGAUAGUAAAUAUUGUUUAAUAUAUUUAGCGGCUGCGGUUUCAGAUUUUUAUAUACCCCCCAGUGAAAUGGCUGAACAUAAAUUACAGUCUAAAGAUGGUCCUCCAGUCAUGACUUUACAUUUAGUACCCAAAGUAAUGAAAGCUGUUACCCAUAAUUGGUCACGUCAAGCAUACAUCGUUUCAUUUAAAUUAGAGACUGACAGUAUGCUUCUAGAAACUAAAAGCAAGGAUGCACUUCAUAAAUAUAAGCAUCAAUUAGUUAUUGGAAAUUUGCUUCAUUCAAGAAAAUAUAAUGUCAAGUUGAUUUCUCCAAAUGAUAUUGAAGAUAUUUUAGUAACCGAUACAAAUAAAAAAAAUGGAAUUGAAAUUGAAAAAAUUAUUGUUAACAAAAUUAAAACAAAACACGAUGAGUUCAUAAAUAAUAUUUAACAUAUUAUCAAUUUAAAGACAUAAUGACAAAAUGUCUUUAGCUAUUUAUUCUAAAAAAAAUUGUUGGUAUUUUUCAUAGUAUUAUUAGUUUUGUGGUGCGUGUAAAAGAUAAUCUGUUU